CCUAUACCAUUGUAUGAGUUUGAGUUUUGUGUGUAGUAAAGAUUGUUCAAAAUCUUGCAAAUACUUGAAGUGGAAGCUUACAUUGUAGCAGAGAUUGACUGGCUAACAUGUGUCUUGCUGCCGUAGAUUUUUUGUUGCGAGUGACGCUGGGGUCAAGAGCUGUGGCCUCGUGAUUGCAGCACGAAGAACCAUCCAAUUGAGCUAUACCAUCUCAACCCCAACUGUAUUAGAUCAACUCAGACAACAUGGGAGGUGGGACAAUUCAGGUUUUGGGUUUCCCUUCGAAUGUGUGUGCGGAAAAUGUGAAGGAGUUUUUUGAGAGAUACACAGGUGAGGGGACUGUUUAUGCAAUUAAGGUUAGACUGCCCAAGACUAUCAGGCCAAGAUCAAAAGCAUUCGUGAUCGUUCAAUUCACGACAAGUAGUUGCGCCAAAGAUAUAACCUCUAUGGCUAGUCAGCAGCAGCUUUCAUACGAGGGUUCUUACCUUGAAACCCGAGAUGCGGAGCAUGAUAUUGAGCCGAAGCCAAGGACCAAAGUGUUUAACUUGGAACACGUGACUCUGCAUUUCGGCUGUCAGACUACGGACAGAAGUUUUUCUGCUCUUUGGAGUGUCAGCGACGUUAGAGUUAACUUUGGUUUCCGUCAGCGAAAAUUGAAGUUCUUACUCUCUUGCCACAGCAUCCACUAUAAGCUUGGACUCUUUUAUGGGAGCAUUAGGCAAAUCCAGCUGCGCCACUCACAUGAACAAGCUGCUAAGUUUCUCUUGAUACAGUUGCAAGCUGCUCCUCGGAUUUACAAGAAGCCUCCGGUCACUCCACAAUUUAUAUAUGAAGAUCCAAAGUUAAACUACUUCAAGGACAAGGACAUAUCAGGCAAUCAAUGGGUCAGAGCAACCGAUUUCACCCCGUCUUCUUCGAUCGGCCAAUCUUCGGCGUUAUGUUUGGAAGUUCCUUACAGCUGCAAGCUUCCUGAUAUCCAUGCGAACUUUGUAAAUUAUGAAGAAAUUGAAGGCCAAUUUGUCUUGGAGAGUGGUUUUUCCUUCUCUCAUGGUUUGGAUCUUGUCCCCAUUGUUAGGCCUUGCCAGAGGAUUCAAUUACCAUAUACGAUUCUGUUUAAGAUAAACAGUUUGGUUCAGAAUGGGAUCAUCAUGGGGCUCACACUCGAUGAAGAUUUCUUUAGGUUGGUCGAUCCUCGUCUGGUACCUAUUCACUACGUGGAACAUGCCCUGGAGAGUCUAUCACAUCUAAAAGAUUCCUGCUUCCAACCUGCAAAAUGGCUUCACGAGCAGUAUGGAAAAUACCGUGCAUCUCAGCAUCCUCCAAAAUCCACCACUAUUUCAUUGGAUCCUGGUUUGGUCUAUGUCUACAGGGUUCAAAUCACCCCCACUAAAGUGUACUUUUGUGGACCGGAGGUCAACGUCUCAAAUUGUGUAUUACGCCAGUGUGCUGAUGAUAUAAAUAACUUCCUUCGUGUUACUUUUGUCGAUGAGGAUUUGGACAAAAUACAGUCGACAGAUUUGAUACCACGGGCAGUUCCGGAAAAUGGUGAACAGCACACUGGUGUUUAUAAAAGGAUACUCUCCACUUUGAGAAAUGGCAUAGUUAUUGGUGAUAAGAAGUUUGAAUUUCUCGCAUUCUCUUCAAGUCAGUUAAAGGAGAAUUCCGCAUGGAUGUUUGCAGCGAGGAGUGGACUCGAUGCAGCUGGUAUAAGGAAGUGGCUGGGAGACUUUAGUAAGAUAAGGAACGUGGCAAAAUAUGCAGCCCGAUUAGGUCAAUCAUUUGGUUCAUCCAAAGAAAGUUUGAGCGUUGAUAGGCAUGAAAUUGAACAUAUUCCUGAUAUAGAGAUAAAAAACAAGAAAUAUAAUUUCUCGGAUGGAAUUGGAAAAAUUUCAGCCGAUUUUGCUAAAAGAGUGGCUAUAAAGUGUGACAUCAGAGGUUUGACGCCAUCUGCCUUCCAAAUUAGAUAUUGUGGGUACAAAGGUGUUGUAGCUGUGGAUCCUGUGUCUCCAUAUAAGUUGUCCUUGAGAAAAAGCAUGCUCAAGUAUGAAUCAGACAACACAAAACUGGAUGUUUUGGGAUGGAGCAAAUAUCAGCCUUUUUUCCUCAAUCGACAGUUGAUCACUCUUCUGUCGACUCUUGGAGUUAGAGAUCAUGUGUUUGAAAUGAAACAAAAAGAAGCUGUAGAACAACUGGACAUGAUUUUCACGGAUCCGAAACGAACACAGGAGGUGCUCAAGGUUAUGUCUUCGGGAGAAGACAAUCAGGUCCUUGGAGAAAUGCUGAUCUGUGGUUAUAAGCCUGAUGUUGAGCCAUUCCUUUCAAUGAUGCUGCAAACUUUUCGGGCAUCAAAGCUUUUGGAACUGAGAACUAAGACACGGAUUUUUGUUCCGAAAGGAAGAUCAAUGAUGGGAUGCCUUGAUGAAACUAGGACUCUUAAAUAUGGGCAGGUGUUUGUUCAAAUAUCUUGCGUUGGGCAUAAACAGUUUGAUGAUAAUGAUCCAUUUACAUUUGGAAGAAAUGAGUCCAAUCAGCGGUCUAUUGUGAUCAAGGGUAGAGUACUUGUUGCUAAAUGCCCGUGUCUCCACCCAGGUGAUGUGCGUGUCUUGAGGGCCGUCAAUGUUCCAGCUUUACACCAUAUGGUUGACUGCGUUGUUUUUCCACAGAAAGGGAAUAGACCGCACCCAAACGAAUGCUCGGGAAGCGAUUUGGAUGGAGACGUAUAUUUUGUAAGCUGGGACUCUGAACUUAUUCCACCUCGUCAAAUCCCACCCAUGGAAUACAUUGCCAAACGGCCUGUUUUGCUGGAUCACGAUGUUGAAAUUGAGGAAGUCCAGGAGUACUUCACAAACUACAUAGUCAACGAUCGCUUCCGUCUCAUUGCCAAUGCCCACACCGUCUUUGCCGACAAGGAGCCACUCAAGGCCAACAGCAAUGCGUGCAUAGAGCUUGCGAAACUCUUCUCAAUCGCCAUAGACUUCUCGAAGACUGGCAUCCCGGCUGAAAUCCCGCCCGAUCUCCAUGUCAAGAAAUACCCCGACUUCAUGGAGAAGCCCGACAAGAAGACCUAUGAAUCAACCCGAGUGAUUGGGAAGCUCUUCCGGGCGAUAAAGGACAUUGCCCUGCAAACCAGCCACAUCAAAUCCUUCACGAGGGAGGUCGCUCAGCAAUCAUAUGACCCCGACAUGGAAUUCGAUGGCUUCGAGGACUACCUCGACGAGGCGUGCUGGUACAAGGACCAGUAUGACUUCAAGCUUGGUAAUCUGAUGGAGCAUUAUGGGGUUAAGACAGAGGCAGAGAUCAUCAGUGGCAAUAUCAUGAAGCUGCCAAAAUCCUUCAUGAGCAAAAAGGAUGACAACUUCAAGGUGAUCAGCCUGGCUGUGCGGUCCUUGAAGAAGGAAGUGAGGGGGUGGUUCUAUGGAAAGGGCAGUGAGGUGGACCCACCCACAGACAAUGAAGCAUACGCAAAGGCAUCUGCAUGGUACCAUGUAACGUAUCAUCCUGACUACUUUGGCACAUACAAUGAAGGGCUGAAACGAGACCACUUCAUCAGUUUCCCGUGGUGCAUCUACGAGAAGCUGAUUCACAUCAAGCAGAAGAUCAGGGAGGUCGAGCUGUUGUCGAGCUGAAUCUGAGGUUGGGUUGAGAUCCCAAUUCCCAAUCCGUUUUCUUUUUUAAUGUUUUAGUUAUAUGAGUGUUGGCAUUGUAAAUUAAAAUGCUCCCUACAGACUGCAUGUCGUACCCCUCCUGGUGAUGCAAACCGUUCAUAUGGUGGGCUGCACCGUGGAAGGGACGUGUCGACUUAAGUUAUCCUAACUGUCCAAUUUGGUCAGUGUUGAAUGUG